CGGGUAUGGAGAACAUGUUAGAAAAAGGGUAAAGUACAUGUGUAAUUUUACUGAAUUUCGCUCACAAAAUGAUGUCUUCUGUUACCUAGUUUAUUUACGGCUAGGCUCAAAUUCCACCAUCAGUUAAGAUCCACAGCAAUGGAUGAACUAUCGAGAUAGUAUAAAAUGCCACUUAGAUGGCAAACGAGGAGGGAUAAGUCGCUGAAAUGAUGACGGAGUUUCCCACGCUUUGUGUGCUCCACUACGACCGGGAUGGGGCGGAGGCACAUCUGUCGACCACGGUGGGCUUGCGGCUGCCGAGACCGCGGAAGCCCCGUUCGCGAUCUCGCACCCAUCCGCGAGAGAGGGAAGGGGCUGAAGGAAGCGAUCGUGAAGGGCUAGAAUUUCUAGCCAGGGGUGUACAGGCGAGUGGCGAUUAUGGGGGGAAGACUCAAAUUACAACUCCAUACCGUUACAGCUCUUCCAAAAGUUCCAGCCUUCAAGCCUCGAGGGAUGACAACCUGUUAUACCCUGACCGUGCCCACAGCUCCUUUGCCACCCCUGAGCUUCCCCACUGUCUCCACAGUCACCACCGCAGCCUCUCGGAGCCACCCCCACAUGCCAGUGAGCGCGCCCGCACAGCACCCACCUCCUCGUUCUCCCUGCCCGUCCUACGACAAGGGGGUGCCGGAGAGACAAGCCUGACGGUGAACGCCGAGCUGCUGCAGGACCCCAAGUGGAACGAGUACCUAAAUGCUUGGGUCUCAGGGGCACAGGUGGGUUCGCACGCCUUUGUGAACUUCGUCGGAGCCAUGUCACUGAAAGACCGUGGGCGAUACCAUUAUGUGCGACAAUUUGAGGAGCUGCCAGCUCUUCCCUGUCCUCGAUUCUUGGAGCACAUGCACCACAUUCCAGCCCCCAAAGCCAUGUGGAAAGAAAAGAAGAAGGCCCUCAAGAAACCAGAGUUCUGGACGUGGAAGGGAAGGACCUCACCCAAAGUGCCAAAACCGAAACCCGUUCGGAAAAGAGUUCAAGUGUGCAAUAGUCUUCAAGCGGUCCAGGUAACACCGCACUCCAGUGUCAAGGUUGUGACCGUUGACCUACCGACUUGCAGUCAGGACUCGCAGGAGAGUCUGACUUCCACUCCGACCUCUGACCUUUGCUCUCUUUCCAACCCCACCCCCUCCAUGAGAGCACCUUCUCCGGUCAGAUCACCAGAGGAAGUUUUGCCAGAAAUAGAGGAAUACAGUGAACCCAGUGACUAUGGCUCAAUAAGAUCGGGAACGUCAAGUCCUGUGAGUGUAAGAUCCCAGCACACAGCGACCAGUGUCCCACUCAAACUGCACAAGUUGGAGAAUCCUCCCCGACCCCCGACGACUGUCGACUGGGACAGCCACAGCUACCUAGCUGACCUUGACGACAGCGAUGACAGUGACACAGAAGGAGCCAAAACUGGCCAGAACCAGGACAAAGAUGAUGCAGAUAGCCCUCCUGAGCCUAAACGGAGGGACGUUACCACAGGGCCCUUGGAGACGAGCAAAGUGGACCAAUCUAGCUAUAUGUACAAUGAUCACAUGAUGGUGCUGGAACCUGUAGUGUAUGAGAGUUACUUGCCAUUGGAUGAUCCAUCUGAGAUGAUGAGGUCAAUCACAGUGCCAGGGUGCGAACAGUCGGUAGUGGACCCUUACCCACUGGAGGAGCCGUUGCGGCCAGACGUGGCUGAUGUCAAUCGAACAGUUGUCCACCAGUCGUCCAUCUUGACCAGACCUGAAUUACCAACUCCUCCACCGCCACCCUCUCCUCCCAAAGAGCCCACGCCCCCUCCUACUCCACCACCACCCAAGGAGCCCACCCCACCCCCUAAAACCCCCACCCCACCUCCCAUUCUGAAGCCCAAGAAGAAACCAUCCAAGCCCAAGCGACAGUGA